AUGUCCCACCGCGGGAAGAAUUAUGGCUUCAUAUCGCCAAUCCAAGAUCAAGCGGAUAUUAUCGCGGCCGAUUGUGCUGCUGAAACGCGGUGGAGGACUUCCACAGCACGUCGCUAUUCGAACCACAACAAUCGACGGGCUCGGUGGCAUUGGUGGGCGGAGACUUCUCAGUUGUUAGAUGAUUCUUCUGGUUCAAUUUCUGUACUUUCAGAGACCACGGAAAUGCUGAACCGUGGAACUUUCAUGAGAACGUUGUACAGCCGUUCGGCCACAGGAAAUGUUUCCAUUCAGGACCCUUCGCUGGAUGGAAAGUAUGUUGUGGUCCAAAACACUAGUCGCUCCAAAGAAGAACCUAUUGGAGGGUGGAUGCUGAAGAGGAAGAUCGAUGGAAAACAUGAAAUUGUUUACACGUUCCCAGCAGACUUCGUCCUCAAAGGAGGAAAAAGUGUUACGAUCUGGGCACGUGGACAAGGCGGAGUUCACAAUCCUCCCGAAUCCCUCGUAUUCGACUCUGAAGAAUCAUUCGGUGUCGGUUCAAACGUGCAAACCAUGCUCUACAACAAACAGGGCGAAGUACGUUUUUUACCUGCGCCGGUACUUCACAGAACUUGUCUCCGACCUUUUUUCACUCCAAUUUAUCGCUCAAUCAUUUACCAUCGCUCAUUAAUUGAGUCGUUAUUCAACAUGAACUCUCUAAAGAACUAG